AGAAAAGUGUUAGUAAAGGAAACAAAAAUUGACAAAGUAGCGAGAUGCAUGUUAUGGAUAUCACAUACAAUCUGUUUCCUCUAGCAUUCUAUUUCAUCACCUUCUGGUUAUGCAUUUAUGUGCUUACCACAAAUUUAAGGUCUACUAGGAAGUCAGGUAGAGUUCUUCCUCCAGGGCCUUACCAGCGUCCGAUUAUCGGUAAUCUCCAUCAGAUUGGCAAAAAGCCUCAUCAAUCAUUUGCUAAAUUGUCCAAAAUUUAUGGCCCUCUCAUGUCUGUUAGGCUUGGAAGCAAGCAAACCAUACUCGUAUCAUCAGCUGAAAUGGCCAGAGAAGUCCUACAGAAAAACGACCUGAUUUGCUCAAACCGUUCUGUACCAAUUGCUGCCCAAUCCCUUGAUCAUCUCAUGUUUUCUGUGGGUUGGUUGCCAUCUUCGUCCACCCAAUGGCGAUACAUCCGCAAAAUGUGCAAAGGACUUAUAUUUACGACGAAAAGUCUCAAUUCAAGCCAGGCCAUUCGUCAGGAAAAGCUGAAAGAAUUGCGGGAUUAUUUGCACUGUUGCAGUAGGAACAGGAAAGCGGUGGACUUUGGUGAAGUCGCCUUCACGACAUCUCUCAAUUCAAUGUCAAAGACUGUGUUUUCGGUCGAUUUUGUCAACUUUGAUAGUGAUUCAUCGAAAGAACUCAAGGACGUUGUCUUGGGUGUGUUCAAAUAUAUUGGCUGUCCUAACCUUUCAGAUUACUUCCCUGUCCUUCGACUGAUUGAUCCGCAAGGAAUUUUGCGUAAAGCAAAGUCCUGCCACCAAGAUUUGUUCAAUAUCUUCGAUGGGUUCAUCGAUGAACGGCUAACUGUUAGACAAGGUUCAUCAGAGACAAAGAAGAAUGAUUUGUUGGAAGCCCUUUUGGAUGAAAAUACAAAGAAUGAGUCUAAAUUCAGCAUCAAUCAUCUGAAACAUUUGCUUCUGGACUUGAUGACAGCGGGGAUAGACCCAGUUUCAUCAACUACACAAUGGGCAAUGGCAGAGUUACUGCGUAACACUGAAAAGAUAGAAAAAGUAAGGGAAGAACUAAAGCAAGUCAUUGGGAAGAGAGAAGAAAUUCAAGAAUCAGACAUUUCUAAGCUCCCUUACUUGCAAGCAAUCGUUAAAGAAACUCUUCGCCUUCAUCCACCAGCACCCUUACUUCUGCCUCACAAAGCUAGUGAAGAUGUUGAAAUCCAUGGUUACACGGUGCCAAAAGAUACACAAACACUGAUCAAUGUAUAUGCUAUAGGACGAGAUGAAAGAAUCUGGAAAGAACCCGAAAUGUUUAAGCCAGAACGAUUUCUGGAGAGCGAAAUUGAUAUCAAAGGGAAACAUUUCGAGCUCAUACCAUUCAGCGCUGGCAGAAGAAUAUGCCCGGGACUUCCUCUGGCUUAUUCGAUGGUACAACUAAUGUUGGCAUCUUUGGUUCACAACAUUGAUUGGAAACUCGAAGGAAAAACUGAACCAAAAGAUUUGGACAUGGAUGAAUUGUUUGGGAUGACAUUACAAAAGGCAUUGCCCCUCAAAGCUAUACCAGUGAAGCUGUAGAUUAAUCUAACUCCUUUUGCUUGUUAUCUCAGACAUAUUUUUGUUAUCUCUAUAUUUAUAGGGCUUUUUUUUUCGCACAUUUAAUAUUCCGUUACACUUUCUACGUGAGAGGUGCUCUAUAUAUAACUUCUUAAACAGUUAUCGAUUCUGUUAUUUUAUCCCAUGGAAGAAAUCUGGAGUUUUCUAUGAUACUCC